AUGUCAAUUCCAGCCGCUUCGAACUCCGAGAAGGCACCACAAAAAGAUAAUUAUCAGCCACCAUCAUGUCUUUCUUCGUUGCCCGACGAUGUUGUUUUGAACUGCUUAAGCCGCGUUCCUAGAUGCGAUGACCUAAACAUCUCAUGCGUCUCCAAAACCCUAAGGUCACUCGUGCGUUCCCCCGAGCUCUGCCUUCUGCGAUCUCAUCUCCCCAAGAAGUCCGUCUAUCUCUUCUAUCAUUCCCACCAAGAACCCAACAGGUGUCACUGGAUCACUCUGCGUCCGGGUGAGAAGAUCACUACUACUUAUGACUAUCAGGUGGAAGUGGAACAUAGAUCUUGUUCAUUGUCGGAUCUCCUGAACCCUCCUUAUUUAUCUACGUUCUCCUCUUCUGCCGUCUCUGUGGGAUCAGAGAUCUAUUUCCCUCAGGGAUGUUUUUCUCCCUCCACUAACCUUUGGGUCCUUGAUACUCGUUCUGGUGCCAUACGGAUGGGUCCAAGCAUGAAAGUGGCUAGGUGGGCCCAUAAAGAAGCAAUGGGAGUGGUCGACGGGAAGAUAUACGUGAUUGGUGGAAGCGUUGAAAAGUGCCAAGUGGAAGUGUUUGAUCCAAAGUCACAAACGUGGGAGUUCGCAGGUGAGGACAAAGUGAAACACGAGUCGCGUUUUAGUGCGUCCCUGGAGGAUAAGAUUUACAUGGUGGAGUUGUAUCCUGAGAGAAUCAGUGCGUAUAGUCCGAGAGAAGGUAUAAGCAUCGAGGUGACGGAGAGGCUAACUGAUCAAAUGAACUGCAUGUGUGUGGUCGAGAAUGUGAUAUAUGCUUGUUUUAAGCGGAGUGGGUUGAUGUGGUUUGAUACAAAGCUCAAGGUUUGGAGAAGAUUGGUUGAUUCUAAUGGAAAGGUAACAUUGUAUUCCCUUAUUGCUGAAAAAAUGGGGGAGUUCGAGGGGAAGUUAGCGGUUUUCUGGACACGGUCUAUUAAUACUGAUGGUGUGGUGAAGAAGGACAUUAGGUGUAGAAUGAUUGCAUUGGAUAGGGUAGGAGAAGAGAUUCGUGGGAAGAUCGUGAGGUCUGGUAUUGUGGCCUCAUUCGCGUAUCCCAUUACUUUAAGCCAUUGUUUAGCUGUGUCUGAUUGA